UUAACUGUACUUAUAUUUUGCAGGUUGUCGGUGAAGGUUGUGUUUACCACAAUCUCAAUGCUUUAUCUUGUAUGUGUGAUAUUAAUGUAUUCCUCACCAGCACUUAGAGAGCAUAUUAUAUACCUAAAUUCAUGUAAGUCACUCAGUGUAUAACAUAUAUAUGUUAUAAUAUUUUCCUUAGAAUACACCCAGCCAUUGUUAAUAUUAUUGGGUAUCCUGUAUUGUUUUUAGGACUAUCAUUAGGAACCCUGUGAUAAUUAUUAGGGUUAAUGACUUGGAUUAUUGGGAAUUCUUUGGUUUGUACUUUAAAAGGCUAAAGUCAUGAUUGUAUUAUUAUGGGAAUGCUGAUGUCUUGGACAGCAAAGUUGAUCUUUCCAGUUCUCUCUUGUUGUGUUUUGACUUUCUGGUGCAAUAAUUUAUUAUUGUAGGUAGAACGGAAGGUGUUAUACACAGUAACUUAGAGUUACAGAUCCUUUAGUGAGAAUUACAGUCAAGGCAGGUCAAGAAUACCCCCCAAGAUUCUAUUAAUGAAUUGAUUAUUUGAAAAAUGAUACGUCGGUCAUUCCCGUAACUAGUGUCAAAUUCAAAUCGGCAUUCCUGCAUGCGUUAUGAGCUGUGAAUAUUUUGCGAGGACUUCUCUGUAUUUGGUCACAUUGAAAAUCUUAAAAUGGACAACACUGCUCUGAAGACAUUUACAUCAAAUUCAGGGAAAAUGAGCUGGUGGAAAUUUUAUAACUGCCUCAUGUAUGAAUUCACGCAUGCAAGAAUGCAGAGAUGAAUCUGAAAUUUACAACUACAACUGUACGAACCGGUUCAACUUUUGAAUAAUAAAUUCAUUUAUGGAAUCUUGUGGGGUACGCUUGACCUGGCUGGACAACCUUAUACAAAGUUGCAUUGGCAAUAAAAAAUUAUUUUGAUUAAUCAAUUAAAAGGUAACAUCUCAGCAGUAUUUUUUUUUAUCCCUAUUCAGUGAGAAAUCCAUUUGAAAAGUUGUCAGAUCCUGUUUCGUUUGGUUUACCUGAGAAUACUGUCAAUUUUUAUAUUACUGGCUCUGCUGGUAGACUUGGAGCAUGGUAAGUUGUGUCUUUUGUUUCAUUGUUUGCUUGAGUUUGUGUGGGAGUUUAAUUUAUAAUGCUCAAGGAUUAUCUUAUGUUCCCAAGCUUUGUCGACAAAAAUAUGCAAAAUCAUUAAAAUUACUAUCACAAAGCCCCAUUGAAAUCGCCUGUAGCAAUUUAUCAGUGGCUAAUUCUCCUCUAAUUUUCCUUCAGGGAUAUUCCUGCUGAACCUGUUUCUAAGAUUCAAGAUUCUCAGCCUGAGAUGCAUUCCCACCUAAAGGAUGGGAAAACAAUAAUUCUUUAUCUUCAUGGUAAUGCAUACACAAGGUACAUAGGUUGUCAAUAUUUUUUUCAAUGAUUAAUAAAGUUGAAGCUAUUCACUUGAUUAUUUUAUAUUUUGUUGUUAAUGAUUUAUAUAUUGAAUAGUUUAAUAAAUAAAUCUUGCAUCACAUUUCAUUCGAACAGUCACUCAAUCUCCGUGGCAAAGUGUUGACAGGUCAUUUAAAAAUGCCCUGUCAGCAUUGCUGUUGUGUUUUUAACUUGAGUUUUGUCCCUUUUUUUGUAUGUUAAAAAAAAAAUUCCAUCCAACAUUGUAACGUAUCUACAGGUUCCGACUAAGAGACACAGAAUUAUCAAGGCGUGCACUAUCAUUGUUCUCUGUUGGUUAGUUUGUUAUUUGUUGUUUAUGAUUUUAUAUUCUGUUUUGUUUUCUCUAGAGCAACAGGUCACAGAAUAGGAAUUUAUAAGGUUUGUAUAUUCUACCAAUAAAAUUGUUUAAAAAUUUUAACUGUAUUUAUUUAUUGUUAUGACACACAUGUACAUUUACUGUAAAAUUAUGCUGAAAAACACUGUUUUAUGUUUCAGCGUUUGAUUGGUUUGGGUUAUCAUGUUAUAACUAUUGAUUAUAGAGGUGAGGCUUCUUUUCCNAAAAAAAAUUCCAUCCAACAUUGUAACGUAUCUACAGGUUCCGACUAAGAGACACAGAAUUAUCAAGGCGUGCACUAUCAUUGUUCUCUGUUGGUUAGUUUGUUAUUUGUUGUUUAUGAUUUUAUAUUCUGUUUUGUUUUCUCUAGAGCAACAGGUCACAGAAUAGGAAUUUAUAAGGUUUGUAUAUUCUACCAAUAAAAUUGUUUAAAAAUUUUAACUGUAUUUAUUUAUUGUUAUGACACACAUGUACAUUUACUGUAAAAUUAUGCUGAAAAACACUGUUUUAUGUUUCAGCGUUUGAUUGGUUUGGGUUAUCAUGUUAUAACUAUUGAUUAUAGAGGUGAGGCUUCUUUUCCGGUAUUCCCCUAAAUAGUACUUUCUAGUAGGUACUUUUCAGUGAUUUUUAUUUUUUUAACCAGUUGGAGGUCUCUGCCAAUCCACAACUGACCUUCCCCUGUAUGUUGAAAUAAUUUCAACAACUAUUUAAUCUUAUUGAUUAGUAUAGUAAUAAUUAUUAUUACUCUACUAAUUAAUAAGAUUAGAUAGUUUUUUUUUAAUUAAGGUAAAGGUAGGCUCUGUCUGAAGUUACUUAAAAAGACAAACCAACCAACCCGCUUUUGUUCAUCAGAGUUUUUUUAAAAAAAGUUAGUAACUGUAUAGCCUGGGGAGCAUCUAGUUUUUUCGGCUCAAGUUUCUUAUUCUACCUGUGGAGAAAAACUGGUGGGUGAAACUAGAAACUUGAACCAAAAAAGCUGGAUGCUCUCGCAGGCCAGUAACUGUACCAGUAAUUUUAUAUUUCAACCUCAACAUUAGAAAACUUUUGUUUUGGCCAAAGUAAAAUCUAGGGAGAUGGCCUGCUUAUGAAAAUAAUAUUAGAAUCAAUUUGCCUACAUAUGGUAUUAAUUUAUCGUUAAUAGGAUUUGGUGACUCUCAAGGGAAACCCUCUGAAAAUGGUAAUGAAGUUUUAAUCUGUUUUUUAACACUUACAUUGCCAAUAUCUUUAAAUCAAGAAACAUAAUUGACCUGUCCUACUUAUUAUAAAAAUAGUGUGUUCCUAAUUUGUGUUAUUUUUUCAACUCAUUUCAAACUGCAGUAUUCUUAUGACUUUUACAGCCAACAUUUAUUGUAAGUGUUUUAGUGAAAACUGAAUUUUUUUUUGCAUUGAACCAGUAAUUCUAGGUCCCCAUUUAACAGUACCUUGCAGUGGAAUCUGAAAUUUUAUAUGUUUUUAUUUGAUACAUUUUUGGGUUAUGAAAAUCCUAAACUAUGGUUUAAAGGAAACAAAUUAUUUUAUUUAAUAUAUAGAAGGAAUCCAUUGUGAUCAUGAGCCUGUUGUUCUUUACCUCUUACAGGACUCAUACAAGAUGGCAUCUCUGCUAUGACGUGGAUCAGAUCACAGAGUCCUGAUGCGUCACUGUACAUUUGGGACUAUCAUUGUUCUCUGUUGGUUAGUUUGUUAUUUGUUGUUUAUGAUUUUAUAUUCUGUUUUGUUUUCUCUAGAGCAACAGGUCACAGAAUAGGAAUUUAUAAGGUUUGUAUAUUCUACCAAUAAAAUUGUUGAAAAAUUUUAACUGUAUUUAUUUAUUGUUAUGACACACAUGUACAUUUACUGUAAAAUUAUGCUGAAAAACACUGUUUUAUGUUUCAGCGUUUGAUUGCUUUGGGUUAUCAUGUUAUAACUAUUGAUUAUAGAGGUGAGGCUUCUUUUCCAGUAUUCCCCAAAAUAGUACUUUCUGGUAGGUACUUUUCAGUGAUUUUCAAUUUUUUAACCAGUUGGAGGUCUUGGCCAAUCCAUUUCUGACCCUCGCCUGUAUGUUGAAAUUACUACUCUCCUAAUUAAUAAGAUUAAAUAUUUUUUCUUAGCCAUAAGGCAUUAUGUUUUACGGCUAAGGCAAAGGUAGGCUCUGUCUAAAGUUACUUAAGAAGACAAACCAACCAACCUUUUCUUCAUCAGAGUUUUUUUUAAAAAAAGUUAGUAACUGUAUAGCCUGAGAGAGCAUCCGGUUUUUUCAGCUCAAGUUUCUUAUUUCACCUGCCGAGAAAAACGGGCGGGUGAAACUAGAAACUUUAGCCAAAAAACUGGAUGCUCUCGCAGGCCAGUAACUGUACCAGUAAUUUUAUAUUUCAAUCUCAAGAUUAGAAAACUUUUGUUUUGGCCAAAGUGAAAUCUAGGGAGAUGGCCUUCUUAUGAAAAUAAUAUUAGAAUCAAUUUGCCUACAUAUGGUAUUAAUAUUAUUUAUCAUUAAUAGGAUUUGGUGACUCUCAAGGGAAACCCUCUGAAAAUGGUAAUGAAUUUUUAAUCUGUUUUUUAACACUUACAUUGCCAAUAUCUUCAAAUCACGAAACCUAAUUGACCUGUCCUUCUUAUUGUAAAAAUAGUGUUUUCUUAAUUUGUGUUAUUUUUUCAAUUCAUUUCAAACUACAGUAUUCUUAUGACUUUUACAGCCAACAUUUAUUGUUAGUGUUUUAGUGAAAACUGAAUUUUUUUUUCUAUUGAACCAGUAAUUCUAGGUCCCCAUUUAACGUUACCUUGCAGUGGAAUCUGAAAUUUUAUGUGUUUUUAUUUGAUACAUUUUUGGGUUACAAAAAUCCUAAACUAUGGUUUAAAGGAAAAAAAUUAUUUUUAUUCAAUAUAUAGAAGGAAUCCAUUGUGAUCAUGAGCCUGUUGUUCUUUACCUCUUACAGGACUCAUACAAGAUGGCAUCUCUGCUAUGACGUGGAUCAGAUCACAGAGUCCUGAUGCGUCACUGUACAUUUGGGGCCACUCCUUAGGCUCAGGGUGAAUAAAUAUAGUUCGAAUAUAUUUUGUGUAGCCUGCGUUGGGAUAUCGGGUUCUUUAUCUAGGUCUCGAGUGACAAGUCCCUCUGCGAAAAGGCUAAUUUACAAGGAGUAGAUAUAAAGUGCUAAUAACUGGCACCACUUUGGAGGACAAUUGCCUGGCCUGAAUUGCCUUUGAUACUAAUGCAACUGUGCCUACUUUUGAAUUUACUACUUUGCAUUUCAGGGUAGCUGGUGGAGUUGCAAAGAUACUGUGUGAUAAAGGUCUGUAUAAAAAUGCUAACAUAAAACCAUUCUCUGCCCUUACCAGAGUAUGAUUGCAGUCUCGUUUUCCUGUCAUAUCCUUAUGGUCCAUACAAGUUUAAUAACUAGCUCUUAUUACAAGCAACAUCUUCUAGUUCCAACACCAGCAUUGCAAAACACUUCUAGUUUUACAGGUUUUACUGAAUAACUGCUAAACGUUUUCNAAUAUAUAGAAGGAAUCCAUUGUGAUCAUGAGCCUGUUGUUCUUUACCUCUUACAGGACUCAUACAAGAUGGCAUCUCUGCUAUGACGUGGAUCAGAUCACAGAGUCCUGAUGCGUCACUGUACAUUUGGGGCCACUCCUUAGGCUCAGGGUGAAUAAAUAUAGUUCGAAUAUAUUUUGUGUAGCCUGCGUUGGGAUAUCGGGUUCUUUAUCUAGGUCUCGAGUGACAAGUCCCUCUGCGAAAAGGCUAAUUUACAAGGAGUAGAUAUAAAGUGCUAAUAACUGGCACCACUUUGGAGGACAAUUGCCUGGCCUGAAUUGCCUUUGAUACUAAUGCAACUGUGCCUACUUUUGAAUUUACUACUUUGCAUUUCAGGGUAGCUGGUGGAGUUGCAAAGAUACUGUGUGAUAAAGGUCUGUAUAAAAAUGCUAACAUAAAACCAUUCUCUGCCCUUACCAGAGUAUGAUUGCAGUCUCGUUUUCCUGUCAUAUCCUUAUGGUCCAUACAAGUUUAAUAACUAGCUCUUAUUACAAGCAACAUCUUCUAGUUCCAACACCAGCAUUGCAAAACACUUCUAGUUUUACAGGUUUUACUGAAUAACUGCUAAACGUUUUCUCUUGGUAAAGGCCUAACAAAAAUUUUCCCUAAAACAACGAAGGUCUUUCGCUUCUGUAAAACGCUGAGAAAUAAGUCCUACACUCUCUUUUUAUAAGAAUGUAGGGUUUUUUCCGGCCCAUAUUGGGGUAUCAAUUAUAGUUAGUGCAGCUUUUUUCGUCUUGUUGACACGUUUUGCCGUUUAGAGAACGGAGUAAGUUGAAAACAUAUAAUGGCAUUGUAUUUACAGUUUUUGAACACACAAAAUUAUAUCCUUUUUAAAACCUCAGCCUGGGGUUUAUUCUUAAAAUAUUCUUAAAAUUUCGCAAAUUUCACCCUCGAUAUUCUGAUAAAAUAUAUUCAAGAGUCUGUUUUGAUCCAAAUUCAAUUGAACUGACGAUUUUUUGCAGGGGAAACAAGUCGAGCUCUCGCUCUCUCGCUCGCUUUUGUCACCGAUCACCUGGUAUCCUGAAAAUCGUUUUCUUUCGAGUUUCCCAAUCCCGGAUCAUGCCCAAAUUUUGGCGAAUCCCGCUUUAAAUGUUCGCAGUCAAAUCCCGUAUCCCGUGAACGUUUCCCGAAUCCCGCGCUGUAUUUUGCUCAAAUCCCAGAUCCCGGGAAUACCCUUCCAGAACCUGAAUAAAAUGCUUCCGCUGCUGCUGUACCUUCAUAUGCUGCAGUUUCUGUAAUUCUUGCUAACAACUAACUUAAGCUGAUACACACUGUAUUACUUUCACUUUUCGUGACAGGAGCUCCUCCAUCUGGGAUCAUUCUUGAAGCCCCUUUUAAUAAUGUAUGGGAAGGAGCGGUCAAACACCCCAUAACAAUAGUAAGUUGGGAAAUCUGUUUUGCCUUCUCUUCUACGUACGCCAAAGAUACAUGUAUUUCGGUAUCUGACGGCAGACGCGCGCCGGAUGUGAAGAAGACUCAAGAAAAAGUCUAAAGAAUUUUGUAAACUACUUUCUAUGGCGACAAUGUUAACCAAGCUCAACUAAUCCAAAGGAAACCCAAGGCCAAAUAUGACUUGACUAAUGGUGGAUUUUCACUGUAGCGUAUUUUUAACGCGCAUAGAUAAAAUAGAGGCAAUGUAUGAAAGCCGUGCGCAAACGUAAAAGUUGACCGAGGUUCAACUUUCACAUUUACGCGUGACCUUCCACUCAUCGCCUCUACUUUAUUUACGCGCGUAAAAUCGGGCGUUAAAAUUACGCGACAGUGGAAAUGCACCUUAACACUUGCAGAUUUUUCAACGCUCCUUGCUGGCCGCCUUGUGUGCCUAGUUUGAUUGGCUCUAGGCUUUGCCAAUCUCAGUUCAAAAUUUCUUGUUUAAGAGCUUUUGAUAAGCUUGUUUUCAUGCCGUUAUCUCUCGUAUCAGCUAACGUGAAAGCUAACACGACUCUCGAUAGCUCAUGUUUUCUUUGUACUUGCAGCCUUUUAGGUUUCUUCCGUACUUUAAUGAGACCGUUCUGGAUGAAGUUAAGGAAGUUUUCCGAACAGAUAAGAGGUGAAUUAAUUUUAUGACGAUAAUACAGGCGCGAGUAAUGAAGAGUUUUGGAUACUUCCUGAGUUGCUAAAAAUUUUAUUGAAUUUUUGAUAUCUCAAGCUGGACAUUUCUGUCAAAUGGACAGCGCUAAAAAUACCUCGGACCCUUGGUCUUGAUCCAAAAUAAGGGAGGAGGGGGAACCCUAAAAUUUCUUCCCAUAAAAUCAGCAGGUGUACUUGUUGUUUGACUGUGGUUUGAUUUCCGUUACUAAUAUUCCAGUAAUUUGAUCUUUAGGUUGGCAGAUGUGUACUGUCCAAUUCUAAUCUUGCACGACCGGGAAGAUGAAAUAAUAUCAUUUGACCUGGGAAAAAAGGUAAUUCGUAGAUAAGGAGCUUUCUAUCCAGGAAUCCAGGGGUUUUGUUGUCGCUUCUUACAAUGGUAGCCAAAAGUCUUUAGGACAGUGAUGCAAUGGCCGUAAUUAUCUCUAAUUAGAGUUUAACUUUGGAAAAUCAAUGCUAUCUUUUUUGAAAAGUUAGUGAUGCCCGUAUACAAUACAUAGUAUUAAAACUUAUUAAUAAUGCUGGGUACAAGUGUGAGGAGAAAAGAGAGGGACUGGGUAUAGCCAGCCUCAAUCACCAGCGCUUGUUUUUUAAGUAAUGUUUANGCACUCCCCUCAGACUGAAAUCAAAUGCCGCCCCCAGGUUUUUUAGUUUGACAGUGUUUUACCGGGGUUUAAAACACGAUCACGUGACGGAUUUUAGCGGACUUGAUAGGUUGUUGAGCUCAUGAAUUAUUAAUGAUUUUUUGAAGGCGAAACAAAUUUUGGAAAAGGACAUCAGGCCCGGGUUGCUCGAAGCAUGGUUAGUGCUAACCAGCGUUAAAUACCAUGGAAACCUAUACAAUUUGAUACCUCUUAACCAACGGUUAGCGCUAACCAGGCUUCGAGCAACCGGCCCCAGGUUCUUUGUUGAUGCUGCCAAGGAGUAUCUUUGCUGUCUUUAGGAGUAGUUCCUCCGAACAAGCCAAGGAACUCUUAUAAAAUAUUGAGAAACCACUCGCUAAAAGAAGUUUUUUUUUUUAAUUUCAGUUGUACGAAACUGCCAAGAAAACAAGACCAGCCGACGCUGGACCCAUUAAAUUUAUUGAAUUUAACGAAAAUCUUGGGCACAAGUGGAUUUAUCUAUCUGAGAGAGUUCCAGAAAUUUUAAGGUAG